GAGGAAGAUCCAACAGAAGAGAGCGGAAGUGGCGGAAGUGGCGGACGUGGGACCCGCAUGGUUGAGAAUGACCCCACCCUAUUCUUAUCUCCGCUUUCACUGCCUCCUUCUUCUUCACUUCGUCACUCCACCUUUUCUUUUUUCAUUUCUCGCUUUAUCCUUAGUUUUUUUUCUUCAACGGAUGAAGGAAUCAUCUUGAUCGUACGGAACUUGUUCUAUCUUUCCGUAAUCGAACUUGGUGGCCACUGUAUAUAAAUAAGUUGUUUAUUUUAUUCGUUCAUGCAGUUCAGUUCAACAACACAAUCAUUUUGUAUAUGAUCAAAUUAAGUGAUGGGGGGCAUCUGUUCUAGGAAGAGAGAUGAGCAUGAGCAUGUUGUGGAAGAUGAAUUACACAGAGGAGUCUCGGGGAGGUAUUGUAGGAGUGGCAGCACAAAAUGGAUGAGGGCCAGAAGUUUACGUGCUAAGCCCAAUCAUUGUGCCGGAGGGGGAACAUGCCCCUCCCUCAUGGAUUUGUGCAUAAACAAGAUGCGUGAGGAUUUUCAUAAGUACAAUUCAUUUUCGAUUCUUCCAAGAGACAUAAGCCAGCAGAUCUUCAAUGAAUUGGUUGAUUCUCACUGCCUGACCCAACUGUCACUCGAGGCUUUUAGAGAUUGUGCUCUUCAGGAUAUUGAUUUAGGCGAAUAUGUGGGAGUGAGCGAUGAUUGGAUGGAUGUCAUCUCUUCACAAGGGUUGUCUUUACUUUCAGUUGAUGUUUCUGGUUCUCAGGUGACAGAUAACGGACUGCGAUUCCUAAAGGAUUGCUCAAAUCUUCAAGCAUUGACUCUCAAUUUUUGUGACCAAUUUUCAGAAUAUGGGCUUAAGCACAUUAGUGGUCUUUCAAACUUGACUUCCUUGAGCAUCAGGAAGAGCAGCACUGUCAAACCUGAUGGAAUGCGUGCUUUCUCCAACUUAUUUAAUUUGGAGAAGUUGGACCUUGAGAGGUGUUCAGAUAUUCAUGGUGGAUUUGUUCAUCUUAAAGGUUUGAAAAAGCUUGAGUAUCUUAAUAUUGGAUGCUGUAAAUGUGUUAUGGAUUCAGACAUGAAGUCUAUCUCAGAGCUUAUAAAUUUGAAGGAGUUACAAAUUUCCAACAGCAGUAUUACUGAUAUUGGAAUUACCUAUUUAAGAGGUUUGAAGAUGCUUACCACAUUAAAUGUUGAAGGAUGCAAUAUUACUGCUGCAUGUUUAGAGUUUAUUCAUGCCUUAGCUUCCCUGGCAUGCUUAAAUCUCAACAGAUGUGGUCUCUCUGACGAUGGAUUUGAGAAAAUUUCUGGACUUAAAAACUUGAAGAGGUUGAGCCUGGCUUUUAACAGGAUCACAGACGCAUGUUUAGUUCAUCUGAAAGGCUUAACGAAUUUGGAGUAUUUGAAUCUGGAUUAUUGCAGGAUAGGUGAUGACGGGCUUGCUAAUUUGACAGGUCUCACUCUCUUGAAAAGUCUAGUGUUGUCUGACACUGACAUUGGGAACAGCGGGCUGCGUCAUAUAUCAGGUUUAAAAAAGCUGGAGGAUUUAAAUUUGUCAUUCACCACAGUAACUGAUCAUGGCCUGAAAAGGCUGUCAGGAUUGACACAACUUAAAUCACUUAAUCUGGAUGCCCGACAGAUUACCGAUGCUGGACUUGCAAAUCUUACUACAGGUCUGAGUGGAUUGAUAGCAUUGGAUCUCUUUGGAGCACGCAUUUCAGACAAUGGAACUACAUUUUUACGAUCGUUCAAGAUCUUGCAAUCCCUUGAAAUAUGUGGCGGAGGAUUAACUGAUGCCGGUGUAAAAAAUAUCAGAGAGAUUGUCUCCCUGACACAGCUAAACCUGUCCCAGAAUUGCAACUUAACGGAUAAAACUUUGGAAUUGAUAUCUGGAAUGACAGCACUGAGGUCGCUAAAUGUUUCAAAUUCUCGUAUAACCAAUGAAGGACUACGGUAUUUGAAGCCUUUGAAGAAUUUACGCACUCUUACCUUGGAGUCUUGCAAGGUUACUGCUUCUGAAAUUAAGAAGCUUCAGUCAACUGAUCUUCCAAAUUUGAUAAGCUUUCGGCCAGAAUAAAUCAGGAGAAUAAGAGAAUUCUGUUAUCUGCCUGUUGAACAAUUCUCUGUACAUAUUUAUGGCUACUGUUUGGAUAAAAAAAUGUACAUAAAAAUGGCAUGCAAGAAUGUAAUUAUGCUUUAUUUUGCAUGUUUGUAUUUCCCCGUCUAAGAAAAAUUGUACAUAAAUCUUUUUCUUUCUCCCUUUCUCCUCUGGGUAAAUAUGCCUGGUGGGGCUAUCUAAAGUAUGUGCAUAAUGUAAGUGUAAUAAAGAUGUUUGGACCAGAGUGAUGGUGCUCAUUAUUAUGUUCGUAUAGUAAUGAAUUGUAUUUGACUGAGAAUAGAGUUGUUCC